UGCGUCAUAGUCAGUGUUAUGUUGAGAUUCGCCUGUUCUUCAGAGGUCUUUUGCAAAAAUCAAAUUUACAUAAGAAUUAAGAAACAAUGGUGUUUGAGACUCACUGUAUGUCAUUUCCAUAUACAGGACUUUUACAUGGAAAGCACCUUUAAAAACAAUGAAAACUAUUAUUUCAUUCAUUUAAUUAUGCAACAGUAUCCAACAAAAAACAUGAAGGCUACAGUUAGUAAAAUUCAGAUGGUCAAAAAAGACUUCAUUUAUAAACAAAAUAUCAUCAUAAUACAUAUUAACAUGCCUGAACAUAAAGUUUCAUUGAGUAAAUGCAGGAAUAAUUCAGUAGUUUUUCAUGUCACAUUAAUGUUUUGUUGAUGUCAGUGUGUGUAAGCGACACAAACAGUUCAAAUAAAAGACUCAAAAUGAGCUCUAAAUAAACAUCUGUUGUGUCUUUCACAUCUUUUGUCAAGUUCAGUGGUAAAUGAAGCAUCAGAAGUUGAUCGAGGACGAGUGUUUCUUCUCCUGAACUUCAUGAAGCAGAAAGACGUGUGAGAUGGAAGAAUCACAUUAAAUUGAAAUUGUAACGGUCAUCAGUUUUUGUUAAAAUUUGCUGUAAAUGUUAAAAAAGGACUGACACACAUUGAAAUUAUUUCAAGUUUUAUAUUACGCCAAACCCUCUGAUGGAAGCAGAAAGCUGUUGUGUUUACAACUGUGACAAUAAGUGCAUAUCAGGAUAAACUAAACGUUUGAUUUAUAAAAGCAUGAGAAGAAUGUGAAGUUCACAAGCAUAAACGCUUUAAAAUAUGUUUGAGAGUUUUACACGCUUGUGUUAUUGUAGGGACGUCGACUUUACAGUUUCAGUCCCCUAAACAUGCUGAAUAAAACAAACCAUUAUUGGUUGAUUUACAUGUCAGUCAGACGGCCUCUGGUCGGUCCUCUGUCAAUGAAAGCUGUUAUGGAGUCCUGACGUUCUGCCAUCAGUUUGAAUCUUUGGCUAUGCAAGAUUUUAACUGCCAGAAUUAAAUAACCAAAUCCAAUGUGUAUAUAAAAGCAUGUAAGAACAUUACAGACAUUUUAGGAAUGGGCAUGAAAUAAUGAAACAAGAGGAUGAUCCCAGCUGAGGAUUACCUGGCCUCCCUACGGCAGAAUGGAUGUCUUCUGGAGUGGUAUAUGGAGGAAUUUUUUAAUUAUUCCCAUCUGGUGAGUUGGAGCGAGUCCUCAAUCAAUGCCUACUUUCGGAUAGGACUGGAUAGUGAAUUAUAUCAGUUCCUGUCUCCUGGUCAUUAUAAUUUGCCUCUAGUCGAUUUUUAAUUAAUUUUGUCCUCUGGCUAUACAAGUCUUAUUUCAUGGUUGAAGUUAAAGAGGACAAUAGCACUUAUACAGUCCAAUCCCGAAAGAGUUUGGCCACUCCAACUCACCCCAAUCCUACAUCCAAAUCCUCCACGUCCCUUAACAUCGGGACCAUCAUGGCCACUCCUGGAGUUCACUACAGCCCCAGAGUCCAUUCCAGAGCCUCAUCACAAGAUGGCCACCAUUCCCAAGCCUGGGCCACAAGACAGACGCCGUGCCGUGCCUGAGCCAUCGGUCAAGACAGCCACCGCCACUCCUGAGCCCUCUGCUGUUAGUGCCACUACAACUGUGCCCUUAGGUAUUCUGGUGGAGUAUGAGGGGAUGUCCUGGGGUCUAUAGAUGUUUCCAGCCGCUGAGUCCGUUCCAGUAUCUUCUCCAGCCCCUGAAUCUGCUCCAGUGUCUGCUUCAGCCCGUGACCAUAGUCCAAUAAUGGUUUCAGCCCAUGACCAGAGUCCAGAGGCGACUCCCUUCCUCAACCACAGUCCAGUUCCUGUGUUUGCUCCAGUCCCUGAGCCCAUUCCUAGCCCAGAGGACAUUAUAGUUUCUAUAAUGACACUUGCAAUUGUGUGUGUUUGGGCCACCCACACAAUGGCUCCAGCCCCCCACCAGAGUCCAGUGAUGGCUCCAGUCCCUGAAUCAGCUCCAGAAUCUGCUCCAGUCCCCGAGCCAGCUCCAGACGCUGACUAAAAGUUAAUUCCACAUGACCUAAUGGCACUAAAAGAGGAGAGUGAAGUACUGAAUAAAAUAGAAGAGAAAGAUCAAAAUAACAAUCAUCAUGAUUUCAUUACUGGAGAAAUGCCUUGUAGUAGCUCACAGACUGAAAACACUUCCUCACAAAAAAUGGCUCAAAAGACAAGGACUAGAAGUCAUUUUGUCAGCAAACAGUGUGGAAACAGAUUAAAUCAAAACAGAGGCUUUAACAGACACAUGAAAUUUCACACUGAGAAGACUUUCAUGUGCCAACAGUGUGGAAAAAGUUUCAACCAAAAAGGAAGUCUUUAUUACCACAUGAGAAUUCACACCGGAGAGAAGCCUUUCACCUGCCAACAGUGUGGAAAAAGUUUCACCCAAAAAGGAAGUCUUAAUAACCACAUGAUUAUUCACACCGGAGAGAAGCCUUUCACCUGCCAACAGUGUGGAAAAAGUUUCACCCGAAAAGGAACUCUUGAUUUCCACAUGAGAAUUCACACUGGAGAGAAGCCUUUCACCUGCCAACAGUGUGGAAACAGUUUCAGUCAAAAAGUAAAGCUUAAUAGCCACAUGUCAAUUCAUACUGGAGAGAAGCCUUACACCUGUCAACAGUGUGGAAACAGUUUCAGUUCAAAAGUAAACCUUAAUGUCCACAUGUCAAUUCAUACUGGGGAGAAGCCUUUCACCUGCCAACAGUGUGGAAAAAGUUUCAGUCAAAAAGUAAACCUUGAUAACCACAUGACAAUUCAUACUGGAGAGAAGCCUUUCACCUGCCAACAGUGUGGAAAACAUUUCAGCCAAAAACGAAGCCUUAACAGGCACAUAAGAAUUCACUCGAGAGAAGUUGAAGAGUUUCAAAUAUAAAGAAACCCCCGAGUACCACAUGAGGAUUCAUGUAUAAUUCAUUUUAUAUCUCGUUAGUGUCAGGAAGCCUGUUGCUCAGAGUGUUGGACUGUUCUUUACUAAGUUUACGAAGUUGCAUACUUUGAUGUCAUAAGUAAAUAGUAUGUGGUGUUAAGGAUUUGUAUGAAAAAAGAAUGGUUUACAUAAUCUAACCAUCGCCAGAAUAUGAUAUAGUGUACAUAAUUCACUUGACAACUGGAAAUAAAUUGAUUACAAACUGGUAUUAUA